AGCCUAAAUAAUGUGAUUGCAGUAGACUUUGAUUACAAAGAAGAGUUCAUCUAUUGGAUUGAUUCCAGCAGACCAAAUGGUAGUAGAAUAAACAGAAUGAAUCUGAAUGGGAAUGAUGUCAAGGUAGUUCAUAACACAGCUGUUCCUAAUGCACUAGCAGUUGACUGGGUUGGAAAGAAUCUCUAUUGGGCUGACACAGAAAAAAGGAUGAUUGAAGUAUCCAAACUCAACGGCUUGUAUCCCACUGUUCUUGUGAGCAAAAGGGUGAAGUUCCCUAGAGAUCUCUCUUUAGAUCCUCAAGUUGGGUAUUUAUAUUGGAUUGAUUGCUGUGAGUAUCCUCAUAUUGGUCGAGUUGGCAUGGAUGGCUCUAAUCAGACAGUUGUGAUAGAAACACAGAUAUCUAGACCUAUGGCUCUUACAAUAGACUAUGUUAACAGAAGACUAUACUGGGCUGAUGAAAACCAUAUAGAAUUUGCUAAUAUGGAUGGCACCCGCAGAAAUAAAGUCCCUAAUCAGCAUGUUCUAGGGGUGAUUGCUCUAACAUUAUUUGAAGACUAUAUAUACUGGACAGAUGGAAAAACCAAGACGGUCAACCGUGCCCAUAAAAUCUCUGGAGCAGAUAAAGUAGCCCUGAUUAACUCAUGGCAUGCCAUAACUGAUAUCCAAGUGUACCAUGCAUAUAGACAACCUAAUGUGGCUAAACAUACAUGUACAUUAAAUAAUGGUGGCUGUAGUCAUCUGUGCCUUCUGGCUCCGAACAAAACUCACACUUGCGCCUGUCCUACCAACUUUUACCUCGCAGCAGAUAAUAAGACCUGCUUAUCAAAUUGCACAGCCAGUCAAUUCCGCUGCAAGACUGACAAAUGUAUUCCAUUUUGGUGGAAAUGUGACACUGUGGAUGAUUGUGGAGAUGGAUCAGAUGAACCUGAAGAGUGCCCUGAAUUUAAAUGUCAACCAGGGCGUUUUCAGUGUGGAACUGGUCUCUGUGUUUUACCAGCUUUUAUAUGUGAUGGAGAAAAUGAUUGUGGAGAUAGCUCAGAUGAACUUAAUUGUGAUACACAUGUUUGCCUAUCAGGUCAAUUUAAGUGUACCAAGAAUCAGAAAUGUAUCCCAAUAAAUCUCAGAUGUAACGGGCAAGAUAACUGUGGUGACGAAGAAGAUGAAAGAGAUUGUCCGGAAAACAGCUGUUCUCCUGACCAUUUUCAGUGUAAAACCACAAAACACUGUAUUUCUAAACUGUGGGUAUGUGAUGAGGAUCCAGACUGUGCUGAUGGGUCUGAUGAAGCAAAUUGUGAUAAAAAGACCUGUGGGCCUCAUGAAUACCAAUGCAAGACUAGCAACUGCAUUCCAGAUCAUUGGCGAUGUGACAGUCAGAAUGAUUGUGGUGACAAUUCUGAUGAAGAAAACUGCAAACCACAAACAUGUACUCAGAAGGAUUUUCACUGCUCAAAUGGAGACUGCAUGUCUGCAAGAUUCUGGUGUGAUGGUGAUUAUGACUGUGUAGAUGGUUCAGAUGAGAGGUAUUGUGACUCUGGCUGCUUAAAAGACCAGUUUCAGUGUUCCAAUGGUCAGUGCAUAGCAGCAAAAUGGAAAUGUGAUGGAUAUGAUGACUGCAUCCUGGGAGAAGAUGAGAAGAAUUGUGAAUCAGCAUCUCCAACCUGCUCUUCAAGUGAAUAUGUCUGUGCCAAUGGAGGCUGUAUCUCAGCAUCUUUUAGAUGCAAUGGAGAAUAUGAUUGUCCUGAUGGUUCUGAUGAGAUGCAUUGUGUAGCAGAAUGUAAAGAAGACCAAUUUCAGUGUAAAAAUAAAGCACACUGUAUACCUGUCAGAUGGCUUUGUGAUGGAAUUCAAGACUGUGUGGAUAGGAGCGAUGAACUAAAUUGUGACAGAGGGGGGAGCAUAUGUAGAGCAGAUGAAUUCCUUUGCAACAAUUCACUCUGUAAACUCUAUUUUUGGGUUUGUGAUGGAGAAGAUGAUUGUGGAGAUAACUCAGAUGAAUUCCCUGAAAUAUGUGUAAACUUUCCAUGCCCUCCAACCAGGCCAUACCGAUGCAGAAAUAAUCAUGUUUGUUUGAGACAUGAGCAGAUUUGUAAUGGAAUUGAUGACUGUGGUGACGAUUCAGAUGAAGAUCACUGUGGAAACAAGAGUACAUAUAAAGCAAGGCCUUGUAAAAAGGAUGAGUUCACUUGUAGUAAUAAGAAGUGUAUACCUAUGGCACUAGAAUGUGAUCAAUUUGAUGAUUGUGGAGACGGUUCAGAUGAACAAGGCUGUAAAACAAGUUUGAAUGAAUACAAUUGUGAAAAUAAUGUGAAUCCUUGUGGUGAUGAUGCAUACUGUAAUAAAACCAAAACAUCAAUUUUCUGCCAAUGUAAGCCUGGAUUUCAAAGGAACAGGAGAAACUGGCAAUGUGAAGAUAUCAAUGAAUGUCUAAUAUUUGGCAUCUGCUCCCAACUCUGUAUCAAUGUAAAAGGGUCGUAUAAAUGUACUUGUGAAAAAAACUAUAAAGAAAGAAACAGUAGUUGCAUUGCAAAAGGCUCUGAAGAUCAAGUUCUCUACAUUGCUAAUGACACUGAUAUCCUGGGUUUUGUAUAUCCAUUCAACUACAGUGAUGUUCAUCAACAGAUUACACACAUUGAACAUAACUCAAGAAUAACUGGAAUGGAUCUGUAUUAUCAAGGGGAAAUUAUUAUUUGGAGUACUCAAUUUAAUCCAGGAGGCAUUUUCUAUAAAAAGGUCAAUGGGGGAGAAAGAAGACAAAGCAGUAGCGGUGUAAUAUGUCCUGAAUUCAAACGCCCUAGAGACAUUGCAGUUGACUGGAUAGCUGGAAACAUUUAUUGGACGGAUCAUUCCAGAAUGCAUUGGUUUAGUUAUUAUACAACUCACUGGACAAGUUUAAGAUACUCAAUCAAUGUGGGACAGAUAAAUGGACCAAACUGCACAAGACUUCUUACAAAUAUGGCAGGCGAACCAUAUGCAAUUGCUGUAAAUCCUCUGAAAGGCAUGAUGUAUUGGACUGUAAUUGGAGAUCGUUCUCAUAUAGAAGAAGCAGCAAUGGAUGGUACUUUGAGGAGGAUAAUAGUACAAAAAAAUUUACAAAGACCAACAGGUCUUGUGGUUGAUAACUUCAGUCAACGCUUGUUCUGGGCUGAUUUUGAAUUAUCAGUAAUUGGCAGUGUUCUUUUUGAUGGCUCUGAUUUGGUUAUAUGUGUUAGCAGCAAACAAGGUUUACUCCAUCCUCAUAGAAUUGAUAUUUUUGAGAACUAUAUAUAUGGAGCUGGACCUAAAAAUGGUGCAUUUAGAGUGCAAAAAUUUGGCCAUGGUACUGUAGAAUAUUUGAAUGUGGAGACUGAUAAAACAAAAAGUGCCUUGAUUUCACAUCGCUACAAGCAAACACACUCACUCAAUCCUUGUCUACAGUUUACCUGUGAGUUCCUGUGUUUACUCAAUCCUUCAGGUGCAGCUUGCAUAUGCCCAGAAGGAAAGUCAAUGUUUAAUGGAACAUGCAGUGAUUUGAACAUGUUAGAUGAUACAUGUAAGCUGGCUUGUGAAAAUGGAGGGAGAUGUAUUAUAAAUGAAAAAGGUGACCCAAGAUGUUAUUGUUGGCCAAAUUAUUCAGGGGACAGAUGUGAAAUUAACCAUUGUAACAAUUAUUGUCAGAAUGGAGGAACAUGCAUAGCUUCAGUUCUUGGAAGACCUGCAUGCAGUUGUACACUGGGGUUUACAGGUCCAAACUGCAAUAAAACAGUCUGUGAUCAUUUUUGUCAGAAUGGAGGAACCUGUACUGUGACUGCUGGAAAUCAGCCCCACUGUCAAUGUCAGCCUGAACAUACAGGAGACAGAUGUCAGGAUUAUAUAUGCCACCAUUAUUGUGUUAAUUCUGAAUCCUGCAUCAUUGCUGAUGAUGGCAGUGUGGAAUGUUUCUGUCCUCUACAAUAUGAAGGUUCAAAAUGUGAAGUAGACAAAUGUGUAAAAUGUCAUGGAGGUCAAUGCAUCAUAGACAAGAAAAAUGAUGACAUAAUGUGCAACUGCACAAAUGGAAAAAUUGCAUCCAGCUGCCAAUUAUGUGAUGGCUAUUGCUACAAUGGUGCUACCUGCCAGUUGGAUAUAGAGACAAAUAUACCUGUCUGUCUAUGCCCUACAAACUGGUCAGGUACACAGUGUGAAAGGCCAGCUCCUAAAAGCAGCAAAUCUGAUAAUAUCAGUACAAGAAGUAUUGCAAUCAUUGUUCCUCUUGUCCUCUUGGUGACCUUGAUUACUACUUUGGUAAUAGGUUUGCUCCUCUGUAAAAGAAAACGAAGGACAAAAACAAUCCGACGACAGCCAAUAAUAAAUGGAGGACUCAAUGUAGAAAUUGGAAACCCAUCAUACAAUAUGUAUGAAGUGGGGCAUAAUCACAGUGAAAGGAGUCUUCCAGAGUUCACAUUAAAUCCAGAAAAGGGCAGAUACAUAGGGGGAGGUCCUACAGUCUUCAAGCUUCCCCACACGGCACCACCCAUCUACUUAAACUCUGAUCUGAAAGGACCUCUAACAGCAGGGCCAACAAACUAUUCCAAUCCAGUGUAUGCAAAGUUAUACAUGGAUGGGCAGAAUUGCCGAAACUCCUUAGCAAGCAUGGAUGAAAGGAAAGAACUUCUUCCAAAGAAAAUAGAUAUUGGCAUAAGGGAGACUGUGGCAUAA